UUUGCCAGGUGUGGCAUGAAGAGAUGCCAUGCAGGAGAGAAAAGAAGCGUUCCAGAAGGAAAGCCAGUUUGCUGCUACCAAUGUGACCCUUGUCCAGAAGGAACCAUUUCUAAUCAGACAGAUGCAGCUCGCUGUGACCCCUGCCCAGAAAACCAAUAUCCCAACAAUGUAAAGAACCACUGCAUUGCCAAGAAGAUCCACUUCCUAGCAUAUGAAGAGACCCUGGGAUACUCUUUAGCAUCUAUUGCUCUUUUCCUCUCUCUGACCACAUCUGCAGUUCUGGUGAUUUUCCAUAAAAAUCACAACACACCAAUUGUUAAGGCCAACAACCGAGAUCUCACCUACGUCCUCCUGGUCUCCCUCCUGCUCUGCUUCCUCUGCUCCUUCCUCUUUAUUGGAAAACCCAGGAAGCUCACCUGUCUCUUCCGACAAACUGCCUUUGCCAUUCUCUUUUCCCUUGCAGUUUCCUCGGUCUUGGCAAAAACUGUCAUGGUGGUUUUGGCCUUCAUGGCCACCAAGCCAGGGAACAAGACAAGGAAACUCUUAGGAAAACCUCUGACGAACUCCAUUGUCAUAGCCUGUCCCCUGGUCCAAGUACUUCUUUGUGCCACCUGGCUGGUCACCUCCCCUCCAUUGCCCAACUUUGACUUCCACUCUUUAGUAGGAGAGGCCAUCUUGGAAUGUAAUGAAGGUUCAGCUUUAAUGUUUUAUGUUGUUCUCAUCUACCUGGGUGUUCUGGCCCUCAUCAGUUUCUCUGUAGCCUUUUUGGCUAGGAAAUUGCCUGACAGCUUUAAUGAAGCCAAGUUCAUUACUUUCAGCAUGCUGGUCUUUUGCAGUGUUUGGAUCACCUUCCUCCCCACUUACCUGAGCACCAAAGGGAAGUCCAUGGUGGCCGUGGAGAUCUUCUCCAUCUUGGCCUCUGGGGCUGGUCUCUUGGCUUGCAUCUUUUUCCCCAAAUGCUACAUUAUCCUAUUUAAACCCAAUCUCAAUUGUAGAGAGAAUAUAAUGAGGCACAAGGAUCUCUGAUUAUAAUCUCUGAUUAUAAAUAUGAAACAUUUAAAAUGAUACCCAACCUACACACAGGUGACUCCAGCUGGAUUACAACAUUAAAAAUCACAACAUAAAAACCCAUUAAAAUGCCUCAUUCCACCCUCAUUUACGCAGGGAUUAUGAGAUUUCAUUUUGAUUUUGGACAUUUUUCAAAUUCAUCUCAUUUCUUUAAAAAAGAGGAAAUGAUGGAGGACUUGUCCCUUAAACAAUUGGAAAUCAAGUGAUGUGAGUAAUCUCAGAAUGUCUGUUAAUCUGCAACAAUCACCCCCUUUUUUCAUUAAUGCUAGUUGUCCCAAAGAUCAACUUGAUAAUAAACAUUGAUAGUGUAUAUCUGGAUAUUAGUUUCCAAAAUGAUAGUUUCCCAUUUUAUUAAUUUUAAUCAAAAUAUAUAUUUAAGAAUAUAUUGGGUUUGUUUCACUCUCAGUGUUUUUAAGCUUGUUUCUUUCCACUUCCUGAGGCUUCACUGAAUUUCCUACUGACUUUUUCUUUCAAUUGACUAUUAGAGGGGUUUUUUUUAAUUCUAACAUUGAAAUGAGCUGUAUUGUUUUAUUCUCUAUUAACUUAAUUGAGAAACAUACUUUGUUAAUAAACAAGAU